CUGCGUCACCAGUUGCUGUUGCGUUGAAGCGGAGCUUGAGGAAAGCUGGAAGAGCAGCGAGGUCGUGUCACGUACAGUAAUAGUCUCAUCAAAGUCCACGCACAGCAGUAUGGGCCUUCUCAAGAUGGUCCUAUGGCGACUCAUCACAUCAAGAGUGAUCGACGAUCACCGAUUACUGAUCGUGAAUCUGAAGGGGUACGUUUGGUAUCGUACCCCAAGCGUACCCUACUUUGACUUUUUGGCUCAAAAAAGACAAACGGCGACCAAGGAUGGCAUCAAAGGAUGAGACGUUGGGGCAGACCAAACAGCGCCACAAGCUGGAACUGCGUACACUGCAAAAUGACGUCAAGGCAUUCCAGAAGAAGGCAAAGAAGGACCGAAUGAGCAAGAAGGACAUCGAAGCGCAGGUUUUGGCGAUGGAAAACGCCGUGAAGGAGCGUCACGACGCAGAGCUUAAGGCUUUUAAAACGGAGGAAGACGAGGCCGAGACCCCCGCUGCAGCACCAGCUGAGCCUGAGGCUGCAGUACCCUCCAAGCAGGCCAAGGCCCAGGCCAAAGCUCAGCGCAAGCGUGAAGCCAAGAAGCAACAGGAGCGCGAGCGUCGCGAACGCAUCGAAGAGGCCAACAAGAACACUGUCAGCGAGCGUCAGAUCGAGGCCGAUAUGAUCCUGGCCCAGCUGGCCAGACAAGGCCUCAAGAUCAAGGACAUCCCGUCCGACGGACACUGUAUGUAUCACGCUGUGGCGGACCAGAUGAAGCAGAUGAAUAUGCCUAUCGCGGACGAGGUGGCGGGGUUCCAGUACCUAAGAAAACUCACGAGCGAGUACAUGCUGGCACACCCGAAUGAUUUUCUGCCGUUUAUUGCGGUGGAUGAAUCAUCUGCCAAUCCGGAAGACGCGUUUGUGACGUAUUGCGAUCGACUGGCGAAUACUGCCGACUGGGGUGGACAACUGGAGCUCCGUGCUCUGGCCUGCGCUUUACAAACGCCCAUUGAGGUGUUCUCCGCCCAUGGUGACGUGCUCGUGAUGGGCGACGAGUUUGUUAAUGACAGCGCGCCCAAACUACAACUGACCUAUCACCUACACUACUACACGCUAGGCGAGCACUUUAACUCUGUCACACCAGUGUAAUCGUGUGAGCUAGAGCCACUGGACUCUUUGAACAAGGAUGUACAUCCAUCAGGCUGCAGUUUUACGGAUAAAAGACAACAUCGUUCGUUACUCGUUAGCUAUGCUACACAGUUACUACACGCUCAGACACAACUGUUCCAACGCAGCACGGCAAUGAGAUGCAAGCUGGGCAUCACGGUGUUUCGCGUGAAGACGAAGGACGCGUACACUGCGUUCAUCGUUUACACUGAAGGCCGCAACAGACCGCGGGUCAACUUCCGACACCAGUCUGGAAAACGCGCCUAGUGCUCGGGCACAUUCCCGGAGUAGCUCAAUCGAAAACAGUGAGCGUUCACUUGCAUCCUCAAGCUGUGCCAAUAUCACGGGCGUGGCUUGGAUUCGAAGCUGCUGUGCUGUCCGACGAGCCAAAGAUAAUUCAGUAUCUGGGAACCGCGGGACGGCGCGAGCGAUGUUAGCCAGCGCUCCGACGGCACAUCGUGACAUACUGAGGUCUGUAGCUUCAGCGGCUUGAAUCAAUGGCGUCACCAGGUCAGCAUGGGCAACCAGACAGGAGUUCUGAACGUCCUCUGUGAGCUCUGCAAGACCAGCACAGCCUUCACGCAUUGCAUCAAGAUACCGAGACGUAAGCAUGAUUUUCAUCGCCUCGACGCCGGAGCUGGGCGUCGGCUUUUUGAGUGACAACGUUCGCCAAAUCUGCGACCCAAAACCAUCACGAUCCGAAGAAUGGGCAUGAUUGUGCUGGUUUGAUCCGUGGACAUGAUCACCUGAAGCUGAAGAAUUAUCCCUCGCAACGCGUUUUUGGCCGCUACUUUGCGAGCACGGCAAGGCAGUGGCGUCGAUAAUAGGCGACAGUUUCUGGUGAAGAAUACGAUAUAGUCCGUCCCACAGCAGGACACUUCCGCUGCGUCUCUGGAAUUCUACAAGUAGCGUGCGUUGAUGUGCAUACACUCGCACUACAAACUCGACGUGGCUGUAGUGCACAUACUUGAGGCACUUGAACUUGCACUUGAGUGGAUGGAAGAUGGCUUCAAUGCCGCAGUCUGCAAACAGCGCCGCUAGAGUCGAUGUCACCUCUGCAGCAGCAGUUCCAGCUCCAGUGUUUGUCUGUUUGGACUUGCUGUAAAAGUGAUACGGGUCGACGGGAUACGGUGGCGGAGGCAGCGCCGGCGCGAUGAUAUGCUGCAGUACAGACGGUAGUCCUUCCUGUCUGUCUUCCUCUUCUACAUCCAUGACACUGUCCAAGUCUUCCUCCUCUUCCUCCUCUAAUUCAUCGUCACUACCCAGUCCGAAAUCAUGUCGACCCGUCUUGGGAUUCACCACGUACGACGCGAAGCUGCUGGUGCUGCUGGUACUGGCACAACUGUUUCCACUGGCAGUACGUGCCCUUCUCAGUCGUCUCCACUGCUCGUACGGCGUACUCUGCCCUCCUCCACUACUGUUGUUGCUCUCACUAUGGAUGCUGUGUCCACUAGAACCAGGCGAGAAGCCACCGGCGCUUGCAUUCGCACUCACUUUGGCUGUCCGGCUGCUGCGGAACACCGGGGCUCCCAGCGCUCCAUGACUACGACUAAGAGCGGCCUUGUUACCGCUCCCUUCGCUGCGUCGGAGCUCCAUCUUGGAUGGCAAUCUGGACGUCGACGAGCGUAGCGAAGCUGACGCCGCGGCCGCAGACGACGACGUAUGCGACGAAACGAGGCGCGGCGGGCCGUCGAAAAAACCGCGCGAGUUGUGAUGCACCUGCUGCGAAGGCGUCGGCCGUUGGUGUUGGCGGUGAUAAUGGUGCUCAAGCUGCGCGAUUGGUUGCUGCUGGUACUGGCGGCGAAGGCGGCGUGCUGCGGCGCGGCUAUCGACGUCACUGCUUCCGUUGGCCAAGAGAGCGGCAUUUUCCUGGCCGCUGCUGCGAGAGCGCUGCAUGGUCGGGAUGGUGCGGCUGGUGACGACGCUCGAUUGAGAGCCGCCGCUCUUUCGGUCCCAGGUGCCCGGCGAGGCCAUGGUAAAGAGAGCCUCGCCUGAUGAUGAAAUGAGGGCUGUCGGAAGGCCGGACUACAUGUACAAUUCAAGCAACUGAUUUCACUUGAGUUUUGUAUUAAGGUUCGCGAUUAAGUCCGAUGACCGCACUUUCUUUCGCGCUGGUCGGAAAAAGCGCAGAACGUUCAGAUUUGGGUAAAAUAGAGGAAGACUGACAACCCAAAUUUGACAAGCAAAUCGGAAAGAAUGCUUAUAGCGGCGCUCGCUGCAUGCGCCCGACGCGCGAUCUUGUCUACAUGUACUGUUGAAUCCAGCGCUUGAGCAAAUGCAAAAACUGUCUAUUUUAGUAUGUCCAUAUUGCAAGCCGCCAGCGUAGCAAAAGACUCCGCCACCGUACAACCAAACACGACCGACGAAACGGCUUGCAAUCAGUAGCAAACAUACACCUAUUUCCGCUGCGUGGGCAGCCAUCUGUGGUCUUUGCUGGCGUUUUUCUUGCGCUUCUUGGCCAUAAAUUUGGACAGC